GUUUUCAAUCUGAGGAAGACGGAAGUAGCAGCUAGUCUGCGUUGUAACUUUUCUAAUUCAGUGACUUACUUUUAUACUAUUACAACGAAGACAUGAAGUUUGGACAAACAGUUAGCUUAGCCUCAUAUCCGCCAUGUUUGCGUGUAUUUUAGCGUUAAAUACAACCCACCGGACGUCCGUGUUUACUUAGCGACGAGCUAUUGUGGUUCUGUUGAGUCAAUAAUGAGAAACUUGACAAUGGUUUGUUCUCAGUUCAUAGCUGUGCUCCUCCUGUGCUUUCCGGGCGUUUUUUCGGCCCAGCAGCCGCACAUCGUCUUCAUCCUGGCAGAUGACUUCGGCUGGUAUGAUGUCGGCUACCACAGCUCAGAGAUCAGAACCCCAAACCUGGACAAGCUGUCAGCCGGAGGAGUCCGCCUGGAGAACUACUAUGUGCAGCCUCUGUGUACCCCCUCCAGGAACCAGCUCAUGACCGGCAGGUACCAGAUCCACACAGGCAUGCAGCACCAGAUCAUCUGGCCCUGUCAGCCGUACUGUGUGCCUCUGGAUGAGAAACUGCUGCCCCAGCUGAUGAAAGAGGCGGGGUACGCCACACACAUGGUGGGCAAGUGGCACCUGGGCAUGUACAAGAAGGACUGCCUGCCCACACGCCGCGGCUUUGACACGUACUUUGGCUACCUGACAGGCAGCGAGGAUUACUUCACUCAUGUCCGCUGUCAUCCCAUCUCCUCUCUGAACGUGACCCGCUGUGCAUUAGACCUGCGGGAGGGAGAAGAGGUCGCCACUGCGUUUAAAGGAGACUACUCUACUGAGCUGUUCAGCCAGAGGGCCACCAGCAUCAUUGACAAACACAACCCCAACAAGCCGCUCUUCCUCUACAUGGCGUUGCAGGCGGUCCAUGCACCCCUGCAGGUGCCGGAGCGCUACGUGACCCCCUACAGUUUUAUCAAAGACCCCCAUCGCAGGCUGUAUGCCGGCAUGGUGUCGGCCAUGGACGAGGCAGUGGGCAACAUCACUCUGGCUCUGCAGCAGAGAGGACUGUGGGACAACACAAUCCUGGUAUUCUCAACAGAUAACGGAGGUCAGACGCUGAGCGGUGGCAGCAACUGGCCACUGCGAGGGAGGAAGUGGUCGCUGUGGGAAGGAGGGAUCCGGGGAGUCGGAUUUGUCGCUAGCCCGCUACUGAAGCAGCCGGGGACAGUCAGCCGCGAACUCAUCCACAUCUCCGACUGGCUGCCAACACUUGUUGGCCUGGCUGGCGGGAGCACCAACGGCACAAAGCCGCUGGACGGAUUCAACGUGUGGAACACAAUCAGCAAAGGCUUUGCCUCACCCCGGCUAGAGCUGCUGCACAACAUUGACCCUCUGUAUGAUGACAUCGCUCCAUGUCCUGGCUCCAAGCGUCGGUUAACUUUGGCUCAGGUGGUCAGCCGAAGCUCCGGGGCCAACUCUGCCUUCAAUGUGUCCAUUCACGCGGCCAUUCGAUCCUCCAACUGGAAGCUGCUGACUGGCUACCCGGGUUGUGACAUUUGGUUCCCGCGGCCCGGCCACAACAGCUCAGAGCCGACCCCUUCUUUGGUGAAUCCAUCAAACUCCGUAAUGCUGUUUGACAUAGAGAAAGAUCCAGAGGAAAGAAACGACGUAUCCGCUCACUUCCCCUUAGUGGUGGAGUAUCUCCUCACCAGGCUCCACCAAUACCAGAAAAGUGCCGAGCCGAUAACCUUCCCUGAUGAAGACCCAAGGUGCGACCCGGCCCCCACUGGAGCCUGGGGACCCUGGGCUUAAAUGGAAGUGACACUGAUGAAGGUAGAGCACUUUGUUUACUGUGAAUUACAGAAACAGGAAUCUCUUCUAAAAAGAAGAGGAGGCAUAUUUUUUUAUUCAGUGGUGUUACGUUUCAUCACACAAUGAUUUCAGUCAAAACUCAAUUAUGUAUUUUUUUUUUUUUUUUUUAAAUACUCCCCUCAUAUUUUAUGAUGUUUUUAUGGAGAAACUUGGUCAUUAAGUGACUGACAGAUGACCUGGUGACCUCCUGUUAUUAUCGUGUCCCUGCUCUGAGAAGCUUUCGUAGGUGAAGUUGAAGCGCUUGCGUAAACUACAUAUGGUGCUGAUUUGAAAGAGUACACCUCCCUGCUGUUCCAGGUAUUUACACUUCAUUCAUCUACUGUUGAGAAGCUGCAGGCUUCUGUGUAUGUGUCAAACAUAAAGGGCUGUUUUUAAACUUGAGAGAAAUAUUUCACCAACCACCAAAUGGUGUCAUUUUGGAGCUUGAAAGGGUUCCACAGGAAAUAGCAACAUGUUAGAUGUGUUCAAGACAGAGAGCCAAUGUUCAGAUGCCGUCCCAUUCUUUUGAAUGUGAUUUAUACAAAACAAAUACAAAAAAUGUCUAACAGGACUCAGCAAUAAACUGAUUAGAAUUUGGUGGUCAAAGAUCAAAGGUCAAGGUCACUGUUACCUCAUCCUUCUCACUUUUGUUUAGCAUUAUCUGUAGAACACCUUGAAGGAAUUGUUCAAAUUUGGCAAAAACAUUCACAUGGACUCAGCAAUGUACUGACUAGAUUUU